AGACAAAAGUGCCACGACUUCCACUUGAGUCCAUAAACCAAAGCAAACCAGGAUUCGGCUCUCGAUUCCUUUGAUCAAAAGGUCGAAGAUUUCUUGAGGAGACCAGGACGAUGGAUUACUACAAGAUAUUGGAGUUGGACAAGAAUGCAACCAAAGAGGAAAUCAAAGAAGCCUACAAGAGAUUGGCUCUCAAAUAUCACCCUGACAAGCAUUCCCAAUCUUCUAAAUCAGUCAGAGAUAACGCUACCCUUUGUUUCAAACACCUCUCCGAGGCCUAUCAAAUCCUUUCGGAUGACCGGAAACGUGUCGAUUACAACAUUCGCUCCUCCUCCUCCGGUUAUGAUAAUCAUAGACAAGCUCAUCGUUAUGGUUAUGGCUGCGGCUAUAGCAAUGACUAUAAUUAUCGUUCUUAUCGGAGUCAGAGCAGAAAAGCCGAUAGUAGUUUUGUCUCCCAGUUCGAUGUUGCGCUUCGCUUCUUAACCACUCGCGCCUUUCUUCUCAAUCUUGCCUUUGCCGGCGCUUUAAUUGGGGGGAUUGUGAUUAUAGAUAAAAGCAGGGAGGCACUAUGGAAAAUUCACAAUUCUGGGAAAUCAUUUGAAGAAGCCAUGGAUUCCAUUGAAAAGGCCAAGGCCAACACCGGACAUGAGGUGUAAGAUUAUUGUUUAUACUACUUGUCCGCCAAUUUAACCAUUUGUACUGCUUGGAGAUGGAGCAUAUGUUCAAGAGUCGUCUUCAACCAACAGCAUGGUUGCUAUGCAGUGAUUCCGCCUUAAUAGAUAAAUCUCCCCACUCGGUUACAGAAAGCUUUGGUUUUAACUAUAUAUAAGUAAUUCAGCAUAUUGCAGGUCGCAAUUUAUAUGUAAAUUAUAGGCUACAGAUCUCUUAGAAAUAAAAUCUCAACCAUUCAUUUUGAGUUCUAGGGUUGAGAUAGUGCAAACAUGAAUUAAUCUAUACUAAAUAUUUGCAUUUUUCAA